UGUUUCAGCGCCUGUGGAACCAGAAGUACCCCCAAAAAACAUGGCAGGGUGACCAAACCUCAGGGAAUUUUUUUUAUAAUACUUACAAACCCAAAGGAUUAAACGGACGAUAUGAUGAUAUUAUAAAAAAUGGUAAGUUAGAUGGAUGGGACAUGACAGUUCUGUGCCGAGCAUUUAUUGACUACUCCCUUAUUGACAGGAAGUACAGUGACAAAGUCAAGAUCUUGAGAGACUUACGGAACACAUAUGCUCAUAUCCCAAAUUCAUCCAGAAAACAAGGCGACUAUGAGAAUGAUAUAGCUGAAAUUAGGGAGGUUUUCAAGAAACUGUGUCUGAGCGAAGAAACCUUGAAUGAAGCAGAGAGCAUCACCCCAGACGAUAUGGAGCGUCGAGAGCUGCUGAGUCUGAUAGAGACCCUGAGAAAGGAACAGGCAGAGUUUAGUGAGGAAGUCCUGAAAAGACUUCCCGAACAUGGUGAAGACCAACCAGAUCAACAGGACCCUUCAAUUCCUGAAUGGUUCCAGUCGGUGCCUCGUGACAAAAAACAACGGAUUGUCACUGAAAUAUUCUUCGGAAGGGUUGAAGACCACAUCGGGGCUGACUGGGAUGCGAUAGCAGUAGAAAUGGACAUCCCCAAACCAAAGCGAGAAAAAUACCAAGGAUCUAUCCGACGUCAAAUGAUGGACGCAUUCACCACAUGGAAACAGAAGAACUCACGUCAAGCUACGAUUGUAUCAUUUAUCCAAAUCUUGUGGCAGUGCAAUGACCGGUGCACCAUCGACUGGGAAGGUGUCGAGAGGGUGGUGAGGGGGGAUUGGUAACUGUCUCUAUGACAGUGCAGACUGUAAGGACAUAUAACAUUUAUGGAUUAAAAAGUUCUUCUUUCUAAUGAUGCCAUAGGACUACUUCUUGUCCCUUUACAUUCAACUGAUGUAGGUGCAAAAUAUAGUCGUUAUAAAGAAGUUGAAGAAGGUGGUAAGGGGGGAUUGGUAACUGUUUCUUGAACUGUGAACCCUGUGAGGACACACUACUGUUAUGGAUAACUAUCUUCAUUCCACUGAUGUUACUGGAAUACUUUUUGCCCCUUCACCAUUCAACUGAUAGUGCAAACUGUAGAGCAGUAUGAAUGCUGCCUUCUUCUCACACAAUUCAAUUUCUGUGUGUGACCUAUUUUUUAGCAUUUGUUCAUUUCCUCUCAACAACAUUUCUACUACGACGGAACCCGUGAAGAUCCUGAGUAGAAUAGUUCUUCGGCAACCCAUACUUGCCGUAAAAUGCGGCUAUGCUUGUCGUAAGAGGCUAGGCGACUAACGGGAUCGGGUGGUCAGGCUCGCUGACUUGGU